ACCCUUCGAGUAAGUGAAGUCUCAUUUGCCGUCUCUCCCGUCCUCGAUUGAAUUCAUCCCUUCCUCGUUCUGAGACCCAGGUUUGGCAACAUUCUCCACCGGUUCUUGAAGAAAGAUGGAUGUAGUGUCCCUGUUCAGCUGUUUCUGGUUGACUCUCUCCAUCAUCAUCCCUGGGACGGGGGCUUCCCCGACCACUGUGAACGGAGCUCGGGGACGGUCGGUAUCCUUAUCUCCUGGGAUCCCAGUCAGACCGGACAUUGCUGAUGUUGAUUGGUAUCAGGUAUCAACCAGAAUCAUGAUAGUGAAGUACUCGAAGAGGAGCGUUACCUACUUCGGUACCGAGGAGUACAAGCGACGGAUAACUCUUCAUCUCGGGGACUUCAGUCUGGAAAUCCGUGAUCUACGGAGAGAGGACUCCGGUGAUUAUGAGGUGAUGCUUACAAAAGAUUCAGGAGCUGAAAAUAAAUCAACAGUGCGACUGGAGGUGUACGAACUAGUGUCAGGAACAAACAUCACAGUUCUGAAAUUCACUGGGACCUGUGAGCUCACCCUGACCUGCUCUGUGACCUCUGGUGACAACACCAGCUUCAGAUGGCUGAGGGGAGGAGAAGCUGUGGUGAACGACACAACCCAUCAUCUCUGGGGACACGGAGAGACACUGAAGAUUCAUCACACCACAGAGAGCGGAGCUGUAGUGUACAAAUGUGAGGCCAGGAAUCUCGUCAGUGUGAACACAGCUCAGAUCCGGUUGGAGGAUGUGUGUAAACUGGACAAGUCUGCCGAGAGAAGCUGUCUCUGUGGAUGUUGGCUGAGGGCCACAGUCAUUGCCGUCCUGCUCCUGAUUCUCCUCUUAGUUACAGUCGCCGUACACGUCAUCAGCUCCCGCCCAGGCACCGGAGCAGAAGCCAGACUUCACAAGGCUGCAUGACUCCCUGUCACCUCUUCCCUUCGCCCCAUCCCCAUCAUCCUCUUCCUCUCCACUCCUCCAUCUUCAUUACUAUCUUCCCCUUCCUUCUCUCUCCCUACAUACCUCUCCUGUCCCCUGUUCUGCCCUCCCACCACUACACACAGAUGGGUGGGUAGGUUGAAUGGAAGGCAGAGGGGAUGAGGAAUGGGGUACGGAGGGAGGAAGGCAGAGGGACAGUUGGGGUUAGACAGUGGAGGAAGGAAUGUAAAAGGACAGAGGGAAGGAGAGGAGGCAGGAGAGUUGAGAGGAGGGAAAGGUAUGGAGUGUGGAUGGGGAGAGGUGUGAGGAUACUAGGAGUAAUCGAAGGGGCAAGAGAAGGAGAGCAUGGAAGACAGGGAGGGAAGGGGAGGGAGAGAAGAAUAUACUGGGGGGGUUAGCACAGACAGUAGGCAGAGUGAGGGAAGACAGGAGGCAGAGAAAGGAGUGGGUUUGUCUGGGAAUCACAGGGAAUAUGAGGUGAUAAGAGGCAGGGACCUGGAGCAUAGCAGGUGAGACACAGUCAGAGGAUGACAGGGAUCAGGGGUAGGUGGGAGACAGAGUGGGGCAGUUGGGCCGAUGGGUGGAUUUGGAGAUGGUAGGUAAGAGGAAGGACAAAUAAAGGAGUGGGAUUUGAGGGUGGUGAGAUAAAGGGACAGUAAACUGAAACCAGUAGGGGAAGUACGAUGCAGGAUUAGGACCGGGGGGGGGGGGGGGGGAGCCUGUGCCUGCCCACUUAUUUCGGGAAACUAUGGAACCAUUCCUUGCAAGAACAGGAACUACAAACCCUUUCCCAAAGGAUGGCACAACAUCCCAGCAGCUGCCAAGCAACACUGAUCGAUCUAUGGAGAGACAGGAAUCUGCCGAUGCUGGAAUCUGAAGCAACAGACAAUCUGCUGGAGGAACUUGACGGGUCAGGCAGCAUUUGUGGAGGGAAACAGACUGUCAACAUUUCGAGUCACGACCCUUCACUGGACUGAUAGAGGGAGAAUGUUCAGUAUAAAGAGAGAAUGGGAGGAAGAGAUGACGUGUGGAUGCGGAUUAUUGGAUGGUAGGCAGAACAAAGCGAGGAGAAGUGAAAUAGUGAAAAAGCUGGGAGGUGAGAGGUGGAGUGAGCAGAGGAGAAUAGAGUGGGUGGGGACCUAGUGGGAGAAGUGUGUAGGUGAUGAGCAGAUGGAGAAAGAGAAAGAGGGAAAUAAAUGGAUUGUUAGGUGGCAGCGAGGUGUGGGAGGAACUGGGAAGAUUAGGUGGGAGAAAGAACAGGAACAGAGGGGGAGCAGUUUAUCUGAGAUUGGGGAAUUCAAUCAUGUACAUGACAUUGGGUUGUAGACUAGCCAGUCGGAAUACAAGGUCUUGUUUCGCCAGUUGUGUUUGGCCUCAUCCUGGCAGAGGAAGAGGCGAAGGACAUCCAUGUCAUUAUUGGAAUGGAGACAGGAAUUGAAAUUGCUCAAAUCUAUGAGCUCCAGUUGGCAUUGGUGGUUGGAUUGCUGGGUCUCACCAACGCAGAGAAGCUGACUGCUUCAGACAAGGUCAGAGGAGGGGCAUGUGAAUGUCUGCCUCAUCUGGAAGGUGAUGAGGGAGGGAGGAGAUGUAAGGACUAUUGUUACACCUCCUACAAUCAUAGAGCAGUCUCUGGGGAGUGGAGAGGUGAGCGAGGUGGAGAAUCAUGGAGGGAGUGAUUGAUUUGGAAAUCCGCAAGAUGUCAGGGAAUUGGGGAAGUGAGGUUAGUGUAGGAUUCACAUUGCAGUUGGCACAAGUGGUAAGUGACAUGCUGCAUACCUGGGCUGGUUGAAUGUAAGAACUCCCUCUCACUUCUGCCUUGGUCGAGAGAAAGUGAGUUGAGAUGUACAAGAGAGGAGACGUGGGUGAAGGUGCCUCUGACAGAGUGUUGGUGGGGGGGGGGGGGGGCAGAGCAGUUCUUCAUGAAGAAGGAUCACAGACAUCCUGCAGUGUAAGGCCUCAUCUCAACUACAGUUGAAAUCCAGAAACUGUGACGAAGCAAUGGAGUCCGAACAAGGGACAUGGUGGGAGGAUGUGUGGUCUAGGUAGUUAUGUGAAUAAGUAAGGUUGAAGGAAAUGUCUCCGGAGAUGGAGGCAGUGAUCAAGAAAGGGGAGAAUGGUGUCGGAAAUAGAACAGGGGAAUUUGAAGGGUGGGCGGGGGUGGAAGUUAGCUUAGGCAUCAAUGAAAUUGCGUUCCAGAUGGGUGCAGGAAUUGUCACCCGUGCAGUCAUCAAUAGAAGAGUUGGGGAGCGAUAUCUGGGUAGGUUUGGAAAUUCAUAUAGCCAGAGAAAAGGCAGCCACAGUUAGGGCCAAUUCCAGUGCCUGUGGCUGCACAGUUGAUCUCCAGUAAGUGGGAGGAAACGGCGCUGGUGGAGGAGGGUGUUAGUCGAGGAGAACCAUUUGGACCUGUGUUUUCGAAAGAACUGGAAAGGCCUUAAGCCUUCCUGAUGGGGGAUGUCAGUCCAGGGUGAAGGUGAGGCAGCGGAGGGCAGGGAUUCCGAAGUUGUUGGAAUGGUGGGUGUGGUAAACCAUGUAUACCUGUCUGGACACACCCCCCUGCUGACUGCUCCUGUGGCUCCUCCCACAGACCCCUGUAUAAAGGUGAUUGGGGGACUGCUCCUCCCUCAGUCUCUGACAUGUCAUGCUCCUUUUUCGCUGUUAAUAAAAGCCUAUCGUUCA